CUUGUCUCGCAACUUUAUAUACCUCUCGUCGUUCAGAGUCGUGUAUAUGUGUUUAGAAACCGCUAAGCUAUUGACCACAAAACGCGCAAUAGCGUACAAAUUAUAACGAUGGCUGCGCCGACAAUGACUUUAAGUAACGGACAAAAAAUACCUAUAUUAGGACUCGGUACUUGGCAAGGUGGUGACGAUCCCAGCGGCGUGGAGCAAGCUGUACGAGACGCCGUAGAUGCCGGAUACCGACAUUUCGAUUGCGCUCAUAUAUACGGAAAUGAAAAAGCAAUCGGCAAAGCUUUGCGCGAGAAAAUUAACGAGGGCGUUGUUAAAAGGGAAGACCUAUUCAUUACAACAAAGCUGUGGAAUACGCACCACAAGAAGCACAUGGUGGUCCCUAUGUGUAAACAGUCUGUUCAAAAAUUUGGAUUCGAUUACGUGGACCUUUAUUUGAUUCACUGGCCUGUGUCCUAUGAUGAAAAUGCGAAAGGUCUUUGGCCGGUAGACGAAAAGGGAAAUCCCCUACACGGACAGGACGACUACAUAGACACGUGGCGCGGUAUGGAGGAAUGCGUGAAAUUAGGUCUAACGAAAAGCAUCGGUCUCAGCAACUUCAAUUCUCAGCAAAUCGACCGUAUCUUAUCCAUCGCCGAGAUCAAGCCAGUCAUGAACCAAGUGGAAUGCCAUCCUAACUUGAAUCAGAAGAAACUGCGAGAAUUCUGCGCCAAACGUGGCAUUGCUAUCACGGCAUACAGCCCACUUGGUUCGCCCUUACGCCCUUGGAUGAGGCCUAAUGAUCCGAAAGUUACAUUGGAAGCACCGGAAAUCGUCACACUGUCUAAGAAAUACGGCAAAUCACCUGCCCAAAUUGUUUUACGAUAUCUGGUUGAAAUUGGCACGAUUCCUAUCCCAAAAUCUAGUUCGAAACAACGUAUCAGUGAAAAUAUCAAUAUUUUUGACUUCAAGCUGACUUCAGAAGAAAUUGCGUCUAUAGACAAACUGGAUUGCGGAUUGCGCGUGUGUCCCGCUUUGGAAAUGCCGCAAAUUCCCAACCUUACAUUUUCCAAUGGUCACAAGAUGCCAGCCUUCGGUCUUGGUACAUAUCAGUCACGGGCUGGAGAGGUGGAAAAAGCUGUAAUGGAGGCGAUAAGUAUCGGAUACCGCCACAUUGAUACGGCGUAUUAUUAUCAAAAUGAACAAGAGAUUGGCGCGGCGAUUCAAGCAAAAAUCAAGGACGGUACCGUGAAGAGAGAAGAUCUCUUCAUCACAACCAAGCUUUGGAACAAUUUCCAUAAAGAAUCUAGCGUAGUGCCAUCGUGUAAGAAGUCUUUGGAAAAUCUUGGUCUAAGUUACGUGGACCUGUACUUGGUUCACUGGCCAUUUGCCUUCCAGGAAGGCGACGAUUUGUUACCCAAAGAUGCGAACGGUGCCCUUCUUAUGUCGGAUACCGAUUACCUCGAAACUUGGAAGGGGAUGGAAGAAUGCUCACGCUUAGGGUUGGCUCGUAGCAUCGGCGUCAGCAAUUUCAAUGUUGAACAACUCACGCGUUUACUCGGCGCAGCUAAAAUUUUGCCUGUGAACAAUCAGUUCGAAGUCAACAUAAAUCUCAAUCAAAAGCCGCUGAUAGAAUUUUGUACCAAAAACAACAUCACAGUGACUGGAUAUUCACCCUUGGGACAACCAGGUAACAGGGCAGGAAUAUCGAAUAAUUUGGAUCAUCCGAAAAUUGUGGAACUUUCGAAAAAGUAUAAUAAAACGGAGGCACAAAUCGCUCUACGCUACGUGUUACAACAAGGCAUCGCGAUCAUUCCGAAAACCGUAACACCCAGUCGAUUGAAAGAAAACAUGGAUAUAUUUGAUUUUUCCUUGACCCCCGAGGAAGUAAAUGCUGUGUCGACGAUAGCGACAGGCCAACGAGUUGCACGGUUUGGCGACGCCAAAAAUCACAAAUACUAUCCGUUCGAAAAGUAAACGUUUCAUAGUAAACGCGUGAAACGGCAGGAAACGGCUCGUCAAAUCAACACAAAUUAAUAGCAAGGCAUACCCCCUUUGAACUUACAUAAUCCCACGCCGUAAUUCGGCACUCGUUUGACCCUCGUCUAGUCAAUUAGGUUUAUUGAACGCCAUGGAAAAUUUUUGGUGCUCCGUUACGAAUGAUAGCAUACAAAGCAGAAAACGAGUCGGUAUAAAUUACCCUAAAUGUAAUAGGUAAAUCGAUGUUGUAUAUACUUAUACUGAAUAAAGAAAAUUUUAUAAAGA